UCCCACGUGCCGUGUUCAGAUCAGGUAAACAAAGAUCAGAUUACUGUCUGAGCUGCACAGUCUAGUCUCGGUUCUGCUGCUCUUGCUCAGGACUAGAACAUUUAGCCUCUCAACAGCUGUACUGCAUUGACUGCAUACGAGGAUCCUGUUAAAAUGGACCCCUAUGAGUGUGUCUGUGAGUAUAUCUGGUCCAUGAGAAGACUGAUUGCUGGGCUGCAGACACAGAACCACUGCACUGACACUGAAUGCUUCUCUGAACAUCCUGGCUUUGAAUCUGGACAACCCAAUGAUGGCCAAUCCAUGAACGUUGCAUUGCUCCUUCUUGUCUGGUUGGUCGUUGCAGUGCUCCUCUUUCUGUUCAGGCCUGCAAGGUUAAGAAGAUCAGGAGAUUUAAAACCAAGGUCUCAACCUGAUAGUAAUGACGGAGGACCAGCUCCACCCACACAAUGAACUCAGUCAGUGUCAAUCAUGCAUGUCUCGUUUGUGCCGUAUCAUUUUUUUAACAUACACUGAAAUUGCCAUCAAUUUUUUAACCGGCCUUUUUCAUGUACACACAUAGAUAUAUUAAAGUAUUUAGGAUUCUAGCUGUCAUUAUUUCAAUGAUUUUCUAUUUAGUAUACUGAAAAUUAAUGAUGUUUAAUGUAUGA